AUGGCAAUUUUCAAGAGUAGAAAGAAAAAUGCUCUUGAGAAUAAGUUAUCGAGCAAAAGCUCUUCUACUUCAUUGCCCGCGUCAGAAGCAGCACCUUCUAAUUUUGACUAUAGCAGCAUCAAAGAUAAACCACCUAACGAAGAAAUUGAUAGUUUAUUUGCUGAAGCAGCAUCGCGACUAAAUAUCAAUCUGAAUGAUGCGAGUGUUAGAGAACUCACUCCAGACAAAAAAUGGUUUAUCUUAUGCAAUGAAAGUGCAUUAACAUCCAUGGGCGGAGGACGUAGUACAGUAGGAACAGGCAAAAAGAACUCUUAUGCGGACAAUAGCAGCAAUAAAGCAAAUAGUUACAGUCAUCACAGUAGCAACAACAAUGGCAGCAGCAACAGCAAUAGCAGCUACAGCAGCAGCAGCGGCGGCAGCAAUAAUAGCACAUUGAACUCUUCCUCAGAAUUAACACCUCAGUAUUAUAUCAAAAGUUUACAGAAACGUGAUUCAUCCAUGAAAUUAGAAGCCAAGACGAAGUUAGUUUCGGAUUUAUCUGUACGCUUAAGAACAAUGCCUGUACGUUGGGCACAAGAAUUUAUGGAGGAAGAUGGUAUAAAAACCCUUUUUGAAGAACUCUCACGACUUCAGGUCGUUCAUAACAGAAAGCAACGAGAAUGCCAGUUAGAGCUAGAACUUGUCAAAUGUAUUCGCCAACUAUUCAAUAACUAUUAUGGCAUUCAGCAAAUUGUCAAUGAUCCAUUCUACGUAAUGACACUCACUCAAUCACUGUUAUCACCUUAUCUACCUAUACAAAAAUUAGUUUGUGAUUCAUUGACGUUUAUGUGCUACUUUGAGCAACCUAGAGGACAUAUUUUGGUUAUGCAAGGCAUGGAUAAAAUUAAAGAAACAGGAGCAGACUACGGUCGCUUUGAUUCAUGGCUUAGAACGCUUAACAAUGUGUUGGACGGGAAAACCAUAAACUUCAGUACAAUGGAUGGCAUGAACAGUAACAGUAGCAGAAAUGUUCGAGGAAUUGUUCGUAGGAAUAAUCCAGACAUGGUAGUGACAGAGCAUGCGAUAGCAAAUCUAUUAUUGAUUCUGGCUAUUGUUGACCCUGAUACAAUAGAGGACAGAGAUAUGCGAAUUACUCUUCGCAAUCAACUUUACCAAGCUGGGCUCAGUCAAUCUUUUGAAAAAAUGAAAUCUUUUGACAAUGAAUUGAUGAAUUCAAAACUCGAGGAAUUCAAAGAGUUGGAGGACAGCGACGCCAUCGCACAUAUGAUUUUGGGUGAUAGCACCGAACCGACUGAAAUUCUUGAAAAAAUACUCCCUUCUAUCAAGGGCACAAAAGCAUAUGAUUAUUUGCAAUCCAUUCUGCAAAGCCUGCUAUUGAUUCAGUGUGAUUCAGAGACGAGAAAUCGAUAUUACCAACUAGUAGAACAUUUUGUCAACCAGAUUACGCUAGACAGAAACGGUUCACCUACCACUUUCUCUAAUUCUUAUGGUAUGACAGUAAAAGAUCUCAUAUCAAAAUUCGCCGAGGAAGAUGAAUUAGAAGCCGCAUUACAAGAAGCAGAUGAAGCACGAGAAAUGGCUAACAAGGCGUUCGAGAGAGAAGCUGCCCUUAGGAUACAGGUUGAUAUGAAAGCAGAUGGACUUGUCGGAAAAUAUCGUGUGAGGAACGAGUCGUUACAAAAACAUUUACGUGUAGCUAAUCAAACCAAUAGUAUACUUCAACAACGUUUGGAAGAUAUGGAGGCAGAACAUAAGCGUACUCUUGCAGCAAUGGAGAAUCAGUUGAUAAGAUUGUAUGAUACUGCCCGUAUAUUGGUGGCUAAAGCUGCUGAAAAGCAACAACCGAGCGAAUCUUUCCAAGCUAUAAAGUCGAGAAUUAGUAAAGGGAUUGAAAGACAACUUGAUUACUCCAAAACCAAAGUGAAAGCUUUGCCGACACCGCCACUCUCUAUGAACCAUCAGCAGCAUAGUGAACAUUCAUCAGAUCAACAGUAUCAAACAGAAAUCGAACACAUGGCAGUCAAAGAGGACAAGCUACCUGAAACAUCUCAAACUGAUGGUUGUCAACAGGACACACCUCCUGAUUCUCCUGUUCGAUGGUCAGCAAAACUGACACUGUUACCUGAAACCCCCUCCUUCGAUCCCAUAGAUUUACAGCCCAUCAUUGGAGGCAAUUCCAUCAUGGAUAGUUCCUCCUUUUCCAAUAACAGCACUAAUAGCGCUGCUAAAACUAACCCAUCAUCUAUCAGCCCACCACCUCCGCCGCCUCCUAUGCCCAAUGCAACAAGUACACCGCCACCGCCACCGCCACCUCCACCACCUCCUAUGCCUAAUGCAACAAGUAUACCGCCUCCUCCUCCACCACCACCACCUCCUCCCAUGCCUAAUUCAACGAGUACACCACCACCGCCACCGCCACCGCCACCGCCACCACCUCCUCUAAUGGGUACUGCACCCAAGUUACCUACAGCAACAGUAGCAAUAAAACCAGACCCUCUAGCUGCCGAAUUACGUGCUCAUCAACCUAAACAAAAACUCAAAUUCGUAGAGUGGGAAAAAAUCAACCGCCGUCAACUUGGCGAUACUAUUUGGGAGCAUCUCGACGACGAUGAUGAUGAUGAAAUAAAUAUAGACGACAGUAGUCGUGAUGAAAAGGAUGAUAUUUUUGUAAGAAAAGUAAAAACCGUUGAUCAUUCCCAGAAACCAUUGCACACCAGCCAACAACGUUUCAAUAACAAUUCCAUUAUCUCCAAGCUCUCACAAGCAGAUGUUUUUACCGCUAUUGAAAAGACAUUUGCACAAAAACCCACAAUAGAUCUCCAAAGUAAACGUGCGAAAAAAGCGGCAGAAGAUGAAGAGAUUGAACUGUUGGAUCCACGGAAAGCACAUAACAUGAAUAUCUUCUUGACGAGUUUACCAAAGGGAGAGUUUGACGUCAUGAAACUGUCUGCUUACAUGAUGGACAUGGCACCAUGUAUUUUACAGGAACACGUAUUGACGAAUUUUAGUAAAUUCGCGCCGAAUUUGGAUGAGGUGGCCGCUUUGAAAAAGUAUGCAGAAAAACAAAAAGAAGAAGAGAAUGAAGGAGUGAAAAACUUAGCAGACACGAGUACCACUGCUGAUGGUAUUCAGGAAAAGAAAAAGACAAAGAAGUUGUCACUGCCCAGUCAGUUAUCCUUACAGAUGGCCCUUAUACCGCAAUUCAAACAACGCGUUCAAUGCUUGUUGUUCAAAAUUACAUUCUGGGAUAAAAUAGAAAGGCUUGAAAAGAAUUUCAAAUAUAUACUAUCAGCUUCUAAUUCGUUAAUCAACGCCAAAAUGUUCAAGCAGCUUUUAAAAAUGAUUUUGGUCUUAGGUAACUUUAUGAAUGGCAAUACCAAUAGAGGUGGUGCAUCUGGUAUUCGUAUUAGAAGUAUCAAUAAGCUGAUUGAUACAAAGGGUACAACUUCAACUACUCUAUUGCAUUUUCUAGUUGAGACAGUUGGCAUCAGUUUUCCCAAAGUUCUUGGGUUUUUAGAUGAACUGAGUGAUUGUGAGCAAGCAUGCAAAGUAAACAAACAAGAAUUGAUGUCUGAGUUAACAUCUAUUAAAAAAGGUCUCAAGUUUUUUGAACUUCUCUCAAGCGACGAUUCUUUCACAGCAACAAUGAAGUCAUUUCAAAAGGAAGCCGUUGAUAAUAUCGAAAGCGUCAGCAAACUCAUAGACGAUGCCGAAGUUGCGUACGAGAGAGCAGUAACCUUUUACGGUGAAGAUGCAACCAGAAUACAGCCAAACGAAUUCUUCAAAAUAUUUCAAACAUUCACCAGUAGUUGGAAGAAAUGCGACAAUGAAAUAAAGAUAUUGAAGCAGUCAAGAGAAAGAAUUGAGAAGCAAAAGAAAUACGAAGCAGAGCGCAGAAAUCAAGCAAGAGUAAAUGGUGCGCAAAAUAAAGGAGGAAAAGGAAUAGAUAUGAGUGAUUAUACUACCACAACGCAACACGAUUUAGUCAUGGAGAAUCUGUUUGCCAAACUCUUAACAAGCCGUAGAGAGUACAAGACCAAAGACAAAAUGCGUGAGCGUAAACAGCAAAUGCUGAACCCCAUUAUUGCAACCGGUGAAUUGAAUGCAAGUGAGCUACUAGAAUCUAUUUAUAAGAUUCAAUAG